UUCUCAGAUCGCCCUCUAACUGGUGUGGUUAGAACUGUUGCUACUGUUGCUCCAGCUAUCAUCACAACAACAACCAUGGUAUCCUUAUCAACAUGCAGUUCUGCCACUCGGCUAACAUCAAUGGACACUAGCCCAAAAGUUGCAACUGUACGUCCAAGGCCCACGUACAGUUAUAGGGAUGCUAUGAGAGAGAAGCAGCUAGAGAGACAAAAACAGCGACAGGAAGUCCUUCAGCUGGAUCGUAUAAACAUUUCUGACUCUCACCAUGAUUUCCUAAAGGAAAGAGAAGGAAUGGAUGUUAAUAUCUCAGAUUCAGAAACGGAUUCUGAGACAGAAACAACUAGUCAUGAUGCAGAGAAAGAAAAGGAGGAUCAUCUUGAGACCCAGUCCUAUAAACUAGUGCUCCGGAAAGAUAGCUCAACAAGCACAGGUUUCAAUGUUCUUCCAAUAUCAGGCCCUACCACGCCCUUACCUUCUCCUGAAGUUAAAGAGCUAAGAAUCAAAGCGAAGGUGUCAGUUGGCCCAAAACGGAAAAAGGCCAAGAGUAGAGACCCUGAGAAAGACCUAAUUAUUGUUAACAAGGACACAUCAAGUGACCUGUAUGUCAAUGAACAGCUACCCAAUUUUUCUGUGAAUCCAAUGCAUAAUCCUGCAGAUGAUCCUGCCAUGUUUGACAAACCAAAGGCAUGCAGUGCCGAACCUUACAUUGUAUUUGAGCUGACAUCGGAGGAUGGCUUCCGUGUAGAAUCUCGACACAUUGCAGAGGUCUGGCAAAAGGUAUUUGAUGCUGUCGCUGCUGCAAGAGCAAGCAUGAGGAUGGACCCAAAAGUUCCUCACAAUAUCCAACAGCCGUCAAGCCCAGGGGACUCAAUAUCUGGCCUCCACAUGCUGGGUCUAACACAUAAUGCAGUGCAGUAUCUCUUGGAGCAGUUGCCUGGGGCCAAGGACUGCCACAAGUACUCCUUUCAGUUUCACCGAAGGCCUCAGGAGGAAGGAGCAGUGGAGGAGAACCCAACUGGCUGUGCCAGAACUGAACCCUUCAAGACGCGCUCUCCUUAUGACAUCUUCAGCUGGCUGGCUUCCAAGCACCGCCGCAUGCCAGAACGUUCUCUUGUGCAACAGGAAGAAAUUCAGCUUUCUACAACCAGACGUGCUACAAGUCUUGAGCUGCCCAUGGCUAUGCGUUACCGACACUUGCGAGAAACCGCACGUGAAGCUGUUGGGGUAUUCCGUUCAAGCAUUCAUGGCAGAGGCCUCUUCUGCAAGCGUGACAUUGAUGCUGGAGAAAUGGUCAUUGAAUAUGCUGGCCAGGUGAUCCGAUCCAGUCUUUGUGACAUGCGUGAAAAGGACUAUGAGUCGAAGGGAAUUGGCUGCUACAUGUUCCGUAUUGAUGAUGACACAGUCAUAGAUGCCACAAUGCAUGGCAAUGCUGCAAGAUUCAUUAAUCAUUCAUGUGAUCCUAACUGUUACUCCCGCGUUGUGGAUAUCCUAGGCAAGAAGCACAUCAUCAUAUUUGCUCUUAGGAGGAUCCUGCGUGGGGAAGAGUUAACCUACGAUUACAAGUUCCCUAUCGAAGAGGACAAAAUUCCCUGCACAUGUGGCACUCGGCGAUGUCGCAAGUACCUCAACUGAAGCCCUCCAGAAGUGCAACUUUUCUCUCCCCUUUUGAGUCCCGUAAUCUCUUGUGAUUGGUGCCGCGUUUUUGCGUGGUGGUGCCAUCACGACAAUAGUUUUUGCACGGAAGGUAUGAAUGAUAUGAUUGUAUGCCCAGACGAAAGUAAGAAAAAAAGAGAAGAGUGUUUUAAAAAUGUAUUAAACUCAUUAUAUAUUCAGGCAACUGAACAGAACUCGUAAACAUAGAAAUAUUUCAGUGAAUAUAUGUGCACGCGUGUGUCUUGCUCACACACACACUGCACACACGAAUGCACAUGCACACACACACACACACACACACACACACACAC